AUGGCUGCACUGGUGCGCAACGAUAGUCGGAUCAUCCUCCACUUGGUGACUCCUCCCACUCUUACCUACUGCCUUGCUUUGACUAACCAUAUCCAGGAUUAUGACUGCUUCUAUGCAUCCGUUUUUGAGGCUGAGCAACCUGAAUUGAAAUCUCUUCCCUUGGCAGUUCAGCAAAAGCAGAUUGUGGUAACUUGCAACUACGAAGCCCGACGGCGAGGUCUGCGUAAGUUGCAGCUCAUCAGAGAUGCCAAGCGCAUCUGUCCCGAUGUGGUGAUAGUACUAGGUGAAGACUUGACCAAAUUUCGAGAUGCCUCCAAAAAGCUGUAUCUGCUGGUUCGCUCCCUUAUCUGGGGCGACCGUGUCGAAAAGCUAGGCUUUGACGAGCUCUUUCUCGACGUCACGGAAAUGAUUGACUACAACACUGGCGUGCUGAAUCAACAUGACUUGGCAAAUUCGUAUUUCCAUCUUGAUCGACAGGACCCGACCGUUGGGUUUUCCUACGAUGCCACUCGCUUCCAGGGCUCAACCUUCCCUGCAAUGGAGGCAGCCGCCGUCGCUCAGAAAGAUCCGUCUUCGUUGGAGAUGCGCUUACUCGUUGCCUCUCAUUUACAAGGCCAUAUACGGAGUACACUAGAGCAUCAAAUAGGCUUCACAGCUACGGGCGGGAUCUCAACCUCCAAACUGCUGGCAAAAUUGGUCGGCAAUGUUCACAAGCCCAACGGCCAAACGACUCUUCUGCCGCCAUAUACGGCCGCUGAACAUAAUACGAGCAAUGUGUUUCAGUUCCUGGAUGAUCACGAGAUCCGAACAAUUCCUGGAAUUGGAUCUCGGAUUGCCCAGAAGCUGAAAUCCCAUAUCACAGGGCAAGAGAGUGUCGAUGAGAAGAUCACAGUCAAGGAUGUCCGCCAGUUCCCUGGCAUGGGUCCACCUCUACUGGACAAGAUCCUUGGUGGGCCAGGCUCAGUGAAAGGGAUCGGGAUGCGCAUGUGGGGCGUUCUCCAUGGAGUAGAUAAUUCUGAGGUGCUAGAGGGUCGCGAUGUGCCCACCCAGAUCAGCAUCGAGGAUUCCUAUGGACGAUUAGAUACUCUCGAGAGUGUACGACGAGAGCUAGUAGUAUUGUCGCGAAGUCUGAUCCGCCGUGUAAGAACCGACCUACUUGAUAUGAGUGAUGACACUGUUCCUCAAGGAAGAUGGCGUGCUCAUCCUCGCACUCUACGAUUAUCGACCCGACCAAGACCUCGCCCUGACUUAGGUGCCGGGCAUGCGUACAGUUCCAAUCGCAUCUCUCGCUCGGCACCUUUACCGCCCUUUAUCUUCAACUUGGACGAGAAUAUUGAUGCAUUGGCCGAACGGCUGGUCCGGGAAAGUGUUUUUUCCAUGUUUCGCAAAUUGCAUCCUGAAAAGGCUGGGUGGAACCUCAGUCUGUUAAACGUUGCGGUUACCAAUAUGGUAGAGAGCGCAGGGGAUCAGAAACAACACAGUGGACGUGAUAUUGGGAAGAUGUUUCGACAGCAGGAGACGGUACUCAAAGAUUGGACCGUACAGGAACCCUCUGAUGAGUUACCUUCCCAAGUGAUAGAGUCACAAUCGGACGACGGGUGGGACGACGAUGAACCCUUGGGGAGCAUGGACUGCCCUAUAUGCGGGGGGUCGAUUCCACAAUUUGCUCAGUUGGCACAUCAGUUAUACCACUCCGAAAGAUCCAUUAUUCGGCAGCCUUGA